AUGAAGAAAAAAAUAGAAGGAGGGAAAAUCAAUAAGAAAGUUAUAUGGUAUAAACAGACAUAUAGCGAUGCAAUUGAAGAAAUAAAGAAAGGAAAUGAAUGUAAGAAUAUUUGUUAUACAAAAGAAGAUAGAAAGAAAUAUGGAAAUAAUGUUCCUGAGAAUGUUAAUAGAUUAGAAAAUGAAUGUUAUAGUCAUUGUAUUGAUUUAGAAACAAUAAUAAUUCCAUCAAAUAUAAAAUCAAUUGGAUAUAAAUGUUUUUGUGGGUGUACUUCAUUAAAAUCAAUUAAUAUUCCACAAAAUGUAACAUUAAUUGGUGAUAAAUGUUUUUCACAUUGUAUUUCUCUUACAUCAAUUUCCAUUCCACAACAUACUAAAAUGAUAGAUUGGAUGUGUUUUUAUGGAUGUGAUAAAUUAACACAAAUAACAUUCACAUCGUCUGUUUAA